GGGCCAGGGCCAGGCAGGAAGGCCACGGGCACGGGCACAGCAGACACAGGGAGCGCCUGGGCCGCCCCACCCCACCCCGACCCUCCCCACGCCAGCCACUCACGGGGCCUCUCUUCUCUCUCCCCGCUCGGCCGCUGCCUGCACAGUCUCUCCCAAGAACUUCAAGGUGAAGAUGAUCAUGAAGACGUCCGUUCUGCUCAGCUGGGAGUUCCCCGAUAAUUACAACUCACCCACGCCCUACAAGAUCCAGUACAACGGGCUCACACUGGACGUGGAUGGCCGCACCACGAAGAAACUCAUCACACACCUCAAACCUCACACCUUCUACAACUUCGUGCUGACCAAUCGCGGCAGCAGCUUGGGUGGCCUCCAGCAGACGGUCACCGCCUGGACCGCCUUCAACCUGCUCAGCAGCAAACCCAGCGUCGCUCCUAAGCCUGACGCCGAUGGCUUCAUCAUGGUUUAUCUGCCCGAUGGCCAGAGCCCCGUGCCUGUCCAGAGCUACUUCAUUGUGAUGGUGCCACUGCGCAAGUCUCGUGGAGGCCAGUUCCUGACCCCACUAGGUAGCCCAGAGGACAUGGAUCUGGAGGAGCUCAUCCAAGACAUCUCCCGGCUGCAGAGGCGCAGCCUGCGGCACUCGCGCCAGCUGGAGGUGCCCCGGCCCUACAUUGCAGCUCGCUUCUCCGUUCUGCCACCCACCUUCCAUCCUGGUGACCAGAAGCAGUACGGUGGCUUUGACAACCGGGGUCUGGAGCCUGGCCACCGAUAUGUUCUCUUUGUGCUUGCUGUGCUACAGAAGAGCGAGCCUACAUUUGCAGCCAGUCCCUUCUCAGACCCCUUCCAGCUGGAUAACCCAGACCCUCAGCCCAUCGUGGACGGCGAGGAGGGGCUCAUCUGGGUGAUCGGGCCCGUGCUGGCUGUGGUCUUCAUCAUCUGCAUUGUUAUCGCCAUUCUGCUCUACAAGAACAAACCCGACAGUAAGCGCAAGGACUCAGAGCCCCGCACCAAAUGCCUCCUGAACAAUGCCGACCUCGCCCCCCACCACCCCAAGGACCCCGUGGAAAUGCGACGUAUUAACUUCCAGACUCCAGAUUCAGGCCUCAGCAGCCCCCUCAGGGAGCCGGGGUUUCGCUUUGAAAGCAUGCUCAGCCACCCACCAAUCCCCAUCGCUGACAUGGCAGAGCACACGGAGCGCCUCAAGGCCAAUGACAGCCUCAAGCUGUCCCAGGAGUAUGAGUCCAUCGAUCCUGGACAGCAGUUCACAUGGGAACAUUCCAACCUGGAAGUGAACAAGCCGAAAAACCGCUAUGCCAAUGUCAUUGCUUAUGACCACUCCCGUGUCAUCCUGCAACCCAUCGAAGGCAUCAUGGGCAGUGAUUAUAUCAAUGCCAACUACGUGGACGGCUACCGGCGGCAGAACGCAUACAUCGCCACACAGGGACCCCUGCCUGAGACCUUCGGUGACUUCUGGCGAAUGGUGUGGGAGCAGCGCUCAGCCACUAUCGUCAUGAUGACGCGGCUGGAGGAGAAGUCACGGAUUAAGUGUGAUCAGUACUGGCCCAAUAGAGGCACAGAGACCUACGGCUUCAUUCAGGUCACAUUGCUGGACACCAUCGAGCUGGCCACAUUCUGCGUGAGGACAUUCUCCCUGCACAAGAAUGGCUCCAGUGAGAAACGUGAGGUCCGCCAGUUCCAGUUCACAGCGUGGCCAGAUCAUGGAGUGCCUGAGUACCCAACACCCUUCCUGGCUUUCCUGCGGAGAGUGAAGACCUGCAACCCACCCGACGCCGGCCCCAUCGUGGUCCACUGCAGCGCUGGUGUGGGCCGCACAGGCUGCUUCAUUGUCAUCGACGCCAUGCUGGAGCGGAUCAAGCCAGAGAAGACAGUGGAUGUGUAUGGCCACGUGACGCUCAUGCGGUCGCAGCGCAACUACAUGGUACAGACUGAGGACCAGUACAGCUUCAUCCACGAGGCACUGCUGGAGGCCGUGGGCUGUGGCAACACAGAGGUGCCCGCCCGCAGCCUCUACGCCUACAUCCAGAAGCUGGCCCAGGUGGAGCCUGGCGAGCACGUCACGGGCAUGGAGCUCGAGUUCAAGCGUCUGGCCAACUCCAAGGCCCACACAUCCCGCUUCAUUAGUGCCAAUCUGCCUUGUAACAAGUUCAAGAACCGGCUGGUGAACAUCAUGCCCUACGAGAGCACACGGGUCUGUUUGCAGCCCAUCCGGGGCGUGGAGGGCUCUGACUACAUCAAUGCCAGCUUCAUUGACGGCUACAGGCAGCAGAAGGCCUACAUCGCCACGCAGGGGCCUCUGGCAGAGACCACGGAAGACUUCUGGCGCAUGCUCUGGGAAAACAACUCAACCAUCGUGGUGAUGCUGACCAAGCUGCGGGAGAUGGGCCGGGAGAAGUGUCAUCAGUACUGGCCAGCAGAGCGCUCUGCCCGUUACCAGUACUUCGUGGUGGAUCCAAUGGCAGAAUACAACAUGCCUCAGUAUAUCCUGCGGGAGUUCAAGGUCACAGAUGCCCGGGACGGCCAGUCCCGGACUGUCCGACAGUUUCAGUUCACAGACUGGCCGGAACAGGGUGUGCCAAAGUCGGGGGAGGGCUUCAUUGACUUCAUCGGCCAAGUGCAUAAGACCAAGGAGCAGUUUGGCCAGGAUGGUCCCAUCUCUGUCCACUGCAGUGCCGGCGUGGGCAGGACAGGGGUCUUCAUCACUCUCAGCAUCGUGCUGGAACGGAUGCGGUAUGAAGGCGUGGUGGACAUCUUUCAGACAGUGAAGAUGCUGCGGACCCAGCGGCCAGCCAUGGUGCAGACAGAGGACGAGUACCAGUUCUGUUACCAGGCGGCACUGGAGUACCUCGGAAGCUUUGACCACUAUGCAACCUAAAGCCAUGGUCCCCCCUGGCCCGACACCACCGGCCCCAGAUGCCUCUGCCCACACUGGGUGGACCCUCGGAGGCCUGACCCGCAGCGGGCAGGGCAGGAGGCAGCGGCGGCAGCUGCAUUUCUGCGCAGUCUCUGAGGAUGACGCAGCCCCUCAAGCCCCCGCACGGCCCCAGCCGACCCUGCGACCUCCCUGGCCCCGGCCGCUGCCUUCAAAUACUUGGCACAUUCCUCAUUUCCUUUUGAUUCCAAAACAAGAGGUUCCGGAGUGGGGGUGGGGGGGUGGUUAGCAAACAGGGGUGCUCCCAGGACCAGAGGGUGGGGCACAGACCGUGGACUGAGCCCUUGUCCUCCCUGGGGACCCUGCCCUACAGCCUGGGGGCGCUGGGCUUGGGGGCAGAAUCCAGCUUUCUUUUAAAACUCAGUGUAACUGUAUCCUGUGACACUUCCUUUUUUUUUUUUUUUAAAUAGUGUAUUUUUUUUUUCCCAUUUUUUUUAAAAGAAGAAACAAACAAAAAAGACUUGUCAGUCAAUGAAUUUAAAGAGAACAACUUUGCUUAUUCAUAUUCUGUUCAAAGACAGUCUAUUUUUUCACUGUAGAAAACGUCCUUGUGUGAUAGUUAUGUUUGCAGACGCGUGUGCUGGGCCCACGGCUGUCCCUUUGGCUUUUUUUUUUCUUAUUGUCAUCAGACAGUGUGCCUCGCUUAUGGACGAAUGGGACAUCCUUUUUGCGCCUGGCUUUUCUUCCCUUUUUGCUUUUUUAUUUCCCCUACUUUGUUUCAUUUUUUUUUUAAUUACAUUUUUAGACAUAUCAAGUACGGUUCUGAGGGUGGGGUAAUGGGGGGGACUCAGGCCCACCAGCGUCAGAUUUGAACCCACCAGGGGAGGGGGUGACACGCUACUGAGGAGAUGGCAGUCCCCAGCCCACCCCACCCCCAUGGCAGCCUGAGCUCCUUAUCUCAGAAGGGUCCUGCUUCUUUGGUGAGAGUGGCCGUGUGCUGCCCCGCAUCAGGGACCCAUUCCCCCUGGGACUGUGGGGUAGUUUGGGGGCAGAAGUAGAAGGAUGGGAUUCCCCCACCCCAAGCAAGUGAGUUUUUCUCUUUGUACAAGAGCAGAUCUGACGUUGCUUUCAACACUGUUUAUUCCAACGGAAGCAGCUGGGUGGUUUUCCCACCUCUGUGUAUGUAGAUAUAUCAACUUUGUAUAAAGGAAGAUCAUCCGACCCUG